ACAGGGAUCCACGGCCACAGCGGAUUCCUUCCUUCCUGCGCGAGCAUUCAAAAUCUCGCCACCUCGCCUCCUCCAAACGCAUCGAUCCGCCCCAGCCGCCGCCCCACCACCACCCCCGACGAAAUCGAAUCCAGCCACCACCCCGUCGCCGCCUCGCCUCGCCGCAAUCACAACCUUCCUUCUUUGUUCCCGCGGGCGGGCUCGUGAUCCCGUCGCGCCGCGCCGGUUUUCUUGGAUUCUUUCCUUCUUUGCGCGCCGCCGCCGCCGAGAAGGAAGGAACGGCCAUGGUGCACUGUAAGCAGGCGCGCAGGAGGCCCAAAGGCGCCGCCGAUGCCCCCAAGAACCGGGAACGCGCGCCCCUCCCCGGGUACAUGAGGCCGACCAGCAGCUCCGGCGCCAGGGCUGGCCGGGAGUCGACCACCGCCCCCUCCGCCGCUCCCCUUCCGGAGCGGGACUCCGCGGCGCCCGGCGCGAGGAUGCCGAGCGCGGCCCGCGCGACGUGCUCCUCCGCCCUGAAGAGCGCACUUGCCCGCGGCGGCAGCCCUGGCUGCGGCCGCGUGUGCCGGUACGCCUACUGCUCGCUCAAGGGCCACGCCCACGCCCCCGCCGCGCCGCCGCUCGGGACCUUCGUGGCGGCGCGGAGGCGGCUGAUCAAGACGGAGCAGCGCAUGAAGCACAGGGGCGUCUCCGCGUUCCGCAACACCAAAACCAACAAUGCUGCCGGCCUCGGCGGCCACGGUUUCUUCGUCCAGGUAUAUCCCAACUCCAACGCCAGCGCCAAGGCGGCGAGCUCAGGUUCGAGCUGCAGCGGCCUCUCCGCGGAGGAGAUGGAAGCGGCGGUCGCUUUCGGGCGCCGGGAAGCGCAGGGCAAGUGGGGCGGUCCGGACGGCUCUGUCGACGGCUCCUGCGGCUCCAGCGACGUGAUCUCGGAUGGUUUCGCCGAGACGGCGGCGACGGUGACGGCGAGGUCUCGCAGACCCAAAGAUGAGGUUGAUGGAGACGGGGACGCUUGGGGUCGUCAAGAUCAAGAAGAAGCAGAGGACUCUGGCGGCUGCUGCAGGUCCGAUAUCUCGGAGGAGCUGGGUGCAAGGUACCAAGGCAACACGUCCUCCAAAGAUCAUGGCAGCGGCGUCACUUCAGUGGAAUCCUCGAUGGACGACAUAUCCAGUGCGUUCGGUGGGAUGUGCUUCGAAGAUGCAGGUUCUGAUCCUACCGAUGGCCAGAGGAACAAGUUGACCAUGUCCAGGAGGGGAACAGCACCUAGAGACGAGGAGCGAAUUCGGCCAUUCAAUCCCAGGGCUCCAAACUUUCUUCAGGUAGAGCCUGAUGCAGAUGCUGAGAAGGUUGAUCUCAGGCACCAGGAGACCGAUGAUCGCAAGAAUGCAGAGGAGUGGAUGGUUGAUUAUGCGCUUAGGAGGACGGUCAAGAAACUAGCUCGUGCUCAGAAGAGGAAGGUGGAGAUGCUCGUCCAGGCCUUUGAAGCUGUUCUACCACCAGUUCCAGGGGAGAACAACGCCAUGCAACAAGAAGGUGACAAGAAAGGCUUCACACUGACAAGGACAUGGCAGGCACUCAGCUGACAGAGUUUAGCGGCAGUUUGGGGAUCAAGCUGGAGCAGAUCAUAUAACUGGGGUUCUAACUUGGUGGUCGCUGCAAUAUUAGUGCCAGAGACCUGCUCAGCUAGGAUAGAAAGCUGCUUACUAGCACCUGAGGUCUUUAGCUCAUAGUUACAGAUUCAGAUAGCAACCAGGGAUAUCACUUUGUCAGCUGAUUACUGUAGUGGCGUAGUGCAUAUGUAAAUUGGCCUCCUGUGCUCAUGCUGAUAUUGUAGCGCUGAGAAGAAUUUCAGGCUUGCAAACUGGCAUGAGUAUCUAGAUGUAUUCCUUCCUGGGACAAAUAUCAAUCAAUAAAACUCUUAUUGAUAACA